ACAACAAAGACCACGAUGUCUGAUUCCGUCCGCGACAGCAUAGUCGAUACACGCAGUCGCGGGUCCUAUCUUUCGCAUGUCCGGUGAACAUUUUUUUGACAAAAAAUUCUCAAAACAAUUACCAGUUAUUGUGUUUGCCGUAAAUCGCGAAUACGUGUGUGAUUUUCGAUUGUCGGCUUUUGUCGUUUCGCCGGCAAAAAGUGCACCGCGCGUACACCCUAUCCAUAACCAUCGAACGGAAAUCAGACAACAAACAUGAACGGCAGCGGUGUUCAACAGUGGUCCGUGAUCGAUUCGUUUGGCAGCGACAGACGACCCGAAAUCCUGCUGGACAACGGCUAUGGCGUCCAAAACCGAUACCCUCACGUUUGGCUCAGGAACAACUGCCAGUGUCCGUCGUGUGCGUCCGCCGAAUCCCGUUUCCGGAAUCAAGUGAUUCGCGAUUUUCAAUUCAGCUCGACGCCGACCCGAAUCCAAAUUAUAAGCAAUGAUAAGCUUUAUGUGAAAUGGGAUGACAGCCACGAGAGUACUUACGACUUACAAUGGCUACUAGAGAGAAAUUUUAAUGAGGGUCAAGAACACCACAACAAUCAGCAAGUCAAAUGGACUGCGGAAUCGUUUUCAGCUAUAUUUCGGUCAUUUGAAUAUGAGGACGUAAUCAAAAGUGACGAAACUUUGCUACAAUGGUUAGAAACUUUGGCAGUUUAUGGUAUUUCGAUGAUAAAAAAAUGCGGACUGGAUCAAGAUCGGGUAAAAGAACUUGCAGCACGAGUUGCUUUUUUGAAGAAGACACAAUAUGGGGAAACGUUUAAAGUUGAAGUGAACUCUGAUGCGACUAAUUUAGCGUAUAGAUCGACAUACUUACAACUACAUACGGACUUGCCAUAUUAUGAAUACACACCCGGGGUGAUUUUGCUGCACUGCAUCGUUCAACCAGAAUCCAGUGGCGGUGAAUCCGAAGUGGCUGACGGAUUAACGGUGUGCGACCGUCUGAAAGAAAUGGACGUGAACUCCUAUGAGACGCUGUCCACGGUGCCGGUGAAUUGGAUUGACCGCGGCCACGACGGUGGCUACAGCUUUCAUAACAUUAACGUCGCGCCCGUAAUUUGCGAAGACAAUUAUAAGAAUAUCAAGAGAAUUCAUUUUAGUGAUCAUCACAGAGAUUCAAAAUUUCCUGUAUCAAUAGAUAAAGUACAUAUUUGGUAUGAAGCAUUCGAAAAAUUCGUAAAGAUUGCGUACAACGAAAAAAUCAUCUGCACUUUUAAAAUGAAACCUGGGGACAUUUUAACUUUUGACAACCAUCGAAUAUUACACGGAAGAAAAGGAUAUCAAGGCUCUAGAUUAUUAAUUGGUGGUUAUUUGGACUGGGAUUUAGUUAAAUCAAGAACUAGAGUUCUCCAAUCUCAACUAUCAAACAAAAAUAAAAAUUAUUUAUGAAUAUUAUAAUAUACAAACCCAAUAGUUAUAUAAUUUAGUAAUUAUGAACCAUUAACUAUGUUAAAUAAGUUCAAUUAAAUAUGGUAUAAAUUAUAUGUAGUUAUAAAUACUC